GGUGACGUUAUUGGUCGUAUUCCGUCUUACAGGCAGGGCGUUACGAGCGCUAUGGGCAUCAUACAUUUAAUUAGAGGUCCUUUGUACAGUACCUUCCCCCGCAAUCAUGCAUUCAGUCGACGGGUGUCUACCAUGUCAAUGGGAUAUAAGCAGAACGUAGAGAUUGCCCCUCACCUCACCACUCUGUCAGCCUCUUCGCGCGCAUCAAAUCACCUCACCCACUGCUUUGCUGCACUGAUACAAGCACCAUACUGCGAAUUCCAGUCUUCUGGAUGCAGGCACACAGCGUAAGACCAAAAAUGGGCGUCAGCACGAACCGCAACAUCAUCAUCGUGGGCGUCGGCUCCUCCAUGUCCCGAUCGCUGGCCAUGUGGCUCGCCAGUCUCGGGUGGAACAUCGCCCUGAUCUCCCGCUCGGAGAGGAGCCUGGCCGCCAUCGCCGAGGAGGUCCGCUACGCGGGCCCGGACAAGCACGCCGUCACCGUGGUCCACCACACCGCGGACGCCGGCGACCCGGCCAGCUUGACCGCCGCUCUGGACUGGUGUCUGCACCAGCUCGGGGGGACCCUCGACGUCCUCAGCUACAACGCCGCGCGGGUGGCGGACUCCUCCAUCGCGACCCUCACGCCCGGGGAGCUGGAGCUGGAUUUCCGCGUCUCCGCGAUCGGGACCCUGGUCGCCGGCCAGUGGUUCCGGGGACAUGCCCGGGCGGAGGGUGUCUCGCAGGGCGAGUGGCCCUUGCUCCUGGUCACCGGCGGUGUCCUGGACAAGCACCCGGACCCGAGCGUGGCUUCGUUGAGUAUCGCCAAGGCCGCCUCCCAGACUGUCAGUCGGAUCUUCGCGCAGGUCCUGCCGCGGGAUUCGCGGAUCUUGGUGGGCAUGCCGCUGGUGACGGGUCGCACGGUUGACCCCGCCACCGGAGAGUAUUAUGAGCAGUAUCGUCCCGAUAAGAUCAUUCAAGCGCUCUUCCGGCCGUUCUUCGAGGAGAGAGAGCAGAGGCCGGAUGGGUCAGAAGGUUGGGUGGUGGAACGGCAUCUGUGAUCGCAGACGUGCUCCCGAGUCUGGAAGAGGAUAGCCCCAGGAGAGUGGGAGUUCGGUUAGGCUGGCCGGAGGAAGAGGUCAAACCCAUCCCAAACAGUGCUUGGGGUGGGUUUCGACGUGAGACAUGAGAACGCCUGGAGUCAGACAUUCAUUACAAGUGUCACUAGUCAAGAAUGAGAUUUGCCGUCCUGAGUUACACCGCAAUUGCCGGCUAGUGUGUUAAGUUAGCCAGCGCUAGUUCUUCAUGGCGUGGGUAGUUGAUCCCUGGAGCCAACGUGGAAGGUAGUAUUGAAGGUGUUGAAAGGGGGGAGCGCAUAAGAUGAGCGUCUGAAACUUGUAUAGUUCUAGCAAUCAUCCGUGGGAUGGCACUAACUCUUUUCGGGCAGCCUGGCUUGGAGCCU